CAAGCUCCAUCCACUCUCCUGCGAUCCCCUCUGGAAUACUGUACUGUGCAAGAUGGCCGCCAGAGUGUCCUCCUACCGCCGCCUCUUUGAGGAGCAGCAGCAGCAGCUGAAAUUCGGAGUUGCAGUCUCCUCUGCCAGGGGUGGAGCUGCCUCAUGCCCAUGGGACACACCAGACUUCCAGGGGGCCAGCUCGCUGAACAAGGAAAGCGCCUCACGCUUCGCCCAGGAGCGCACCGUCAUCGCGGCCCUCAAUGACCGCCUGGCAGCACUCAUCGGCAUGGCCCGCUGUCUGGAGGAGGAGAAUGAGUCUCUGGAGGUUGAGAUCCUGGAGCUGAUGGCGAGGAAUGGGGAGGAGGAGGCAAGGAGCAAGACCGUGGCCAUCCGCGGCCCCCCUGCAUACAGCCUGGAGGCCGUCAUUGAGAGACUGCGUCGGGAGAAGGAGGAGAUAGAGCGCGACACCGAGUGCUCUAGAAAGGAGCUGGCCCAGCUGAAGGCCCAGUACGACCAGGUGGCGGAGCAGCACACCCUCAUCCAGCUGGAGAAGGAGGAUGUUGCCGUGGAUGUGGAUGCCAUUACAGGCGAGUGCCUGGGCCUGAGGGAGCAGGUGACCAUCUAUGAGGACCAGAUUGCCAGCAUGGAGCAGCAGCAGGAUGAGAGGGUUAUGUCUCUGUCUGGCCCGGCUCCCGGUGCUGCUGGUGGCAAUGCUCUGGUGGCUCUGGACUUCCCCGGCUUCGACAUCAGCUCCUCCAUCCUGGACAUCAAGGCGUACUACGCACAGCUGGCACAGAGCAUGCAGAGGUCAGGCCCUAGCACCCUCGCUGCCGUGGCGAUGACCCCUCGUGACCUCUCGGGGGUUCCUCGUGACCCCUGGGGGCCAGCCGCUCUCCAGCCCAGGUCACGGCCGCAAUCAGGACAGAAUAACGCCUUGGCCGGCUUCCCAGAAGCCUUUGGGUUUGAGAGCAGAUCGAGCGCGAGGGCCAUCACCGCGGGAGCUGCAGCAGGAGCAGGAGCAGGAGCCAAAGCUGCAGGGGCCGCCGCUGCUAAGGACGUCUACAAGGUGACAGACCCGGCUGCCCUCAAGGCUCUGAUUGCUGAGCUCCAGAAGGAGCUGGCUGCUCUGGAGAGGCGUGCGGAUGAGCUGGAGGCCGAGAUCGAGGCCAGGAAAGAGGCUUAUCUGCUGGAGAUCGAGGAACUGGAGGAUACGAAGUGUGAGCUGAGGGAGUCCCAGGUUGAGCUGGAGGCCCAGAUGAGAAUUCACUGCGGUGACUACGACGAGCUGCUGAGCCAGAAGAUGGCCCUGGACAUUGAGAUUGCAGCCUACAGGGGCCUGGUGGAGGAAGAGGAGGAGCGCCUGUACUGUCUGUGAGCGGACGAGUGGAGCGAGGGAGUGGAUGAGUGGAGGAGAAGAACUGGGACAAGGGGAGGAAGAGGAUGAGGAGAUGGAGGUGAAGCAGAGGGGAUGAGGGGAAACGGUGAAUAGGAAGAGAUGACAUUCUCUCCCAUGGAACCAUGCAGACAAAGACACACACACAAAGGUAGUAAGCCAGACAUACUGCAGACAUUCAGGUGAACCUCAAUAAAACAAAAUGCACACACACACACGCACACACGCACACACACACCCUUACUUUCAUAGAUGCACACACACUUGCAGUUUCUCUGCGGCUCACACACACAAACACGCACACGCACACGCACA